AUGAAGACCAUUGGACUUCUGGUGACGGCCAGUGCUUUAUGUGGUGUAGUCAUCUCAAAAAAUCUGCGACCGGCUCCUCAUGGGCUGAUGCAUCGUGAUAUUGACCCUGAGGAACUAUACCCCGGGUACAAUAUAUCUGUACCAGUUGAUCAUUUCCACAAUGAUUCGCGAUAUGAGCCACACUCGGAUGAAACGUUUAACUUGCGCUACUUCUUUGAUGCACAAUACUAUAAACCCGGCGGGCCUGUGAUUGUACUUCAAAGUGGUGAAACCGAUGCCACUGGUCGACUUCCAUUUCUUCAGAAGGGUAUCGUUGCGAUCCUGGCACAGGCGACUAAUGGAAUCGGAGUUGUACUUGAACACAGAUAUUAUGGAACCAGUUUCCCAACUACGAACUUGUCCACUGAAAGCUUCCGCUUCUUGACGACUGAUCAAGCCGUGGCUGACCAGGCCUAUUUUUCAUCCCACGUUGUUUUCCCUGAACUGGAACAUUUGAACCUUACAGCGCCCGGAACCGCACAUAUUGCUUAUGGCGGGUCGUACGCUGGUGCAAUCGUCGCAUUUCUGCGAGAGCUUUAUCCUGAGGCCACUUGGGGCGCCAUCUCAUCUUCAGGUGUCACCGAGGCUAUCUACGAUUAUUGGCAGUACUACGAGCCAGUCCGACAGUACGCUCCCAGCGACUGCAUUUCGACCCAGGUCAAAUUGAUCAAUGUCCUGGACAACAUUCUACAGAAGAAUGACUCCAAGGAAGUCGAACAACUCAAAAAUGCUUUCGGAUUGCAGAAUUUGACGUAUAGCGACGAUUUUGCGAAUGUUGCAUCGAGCGGAAUCAGCUAUUGGCAGUCAAACAACUGGGAUCCCGCAGUGGGCAGCCCUGGUUUUGCAUAUUACUGCGGAAACAUAACCUCUGACGAGAUUCUCUGGCCCGACUACGAAAAUCAGACCUCCACAGCAGCCGCCUUGAUUGAGGCCGGCGGCUGGGGUAAUGAGAGCGAUAUCCUGACCAACCGGGCGCUGAAUUGGUUUGCAUGGACUAACGACGAGUACGUCCCCGCCUGUGAGGACUCCUUGGACGAAUGCUAUGGUUCCCACAACAGCUCGGCCGCCAAAUACGCGAACAAGGACAUCUCCAACUAUGACUCGCUUUCCUGGUCAUAUCAAGUUUGCACUGAGUACGGGUACUUCCAAACUGGGUCCGGCGUCCCAGAGGAUCGGUUGCCGCUUAUAUCUCGAUUGCUAACCUUGGAAUAUCUGAGCUUGGUCUGUCGGUAUGCAUUCAACAUUACAUCACCGCCGGAUCUUGAAGCUGUCAAUAAAUAUGGAGGCUUCAAUAUUUCCUACCCACGUCUGGCCAUAAUUGGCGGAGAAGCCGACCCUUGGCGACCAGCAACUCCAUUAGCUUCUCUCGAUGUCCCCGAUCGACUCAACGGCUCAAGCACUGGGAGCGAGCCUGUUAUCCUUAUCCCUGACGGAGUCCACCACUGGGAGGAGAAUGGGUUGUUUCCAAACGAGACCACUGCAGACCUACCACCGCCAGCUGUGGUUGAUGCUCAGCGAGAGCUCGUUCAAGCCGUGCAGCUCUGGAUGGCUGCGUGGCAACAGACGCAAGGCUAA